UGAAAUGAAUUUGACUUUGAAUUUGAUGAAUUUUUCUUUCAUUGUUUGCAAAAAUCUCCUGUUUAUUUUAUUUUAUUUUUGGUUUUAAAUCAUAGGUGUCAGUUUUCUCCAUCCACAAGGAUAAAACUCCAGUUUUGUUAGUUAGUGUUAUAUGUGCGAAUUCAAAAGAUUUAAGUUGAGAAGUUAUGUUUUCUUUCAUCUCCAUGCAUUUUGAAGGGAAAUGCUAUUUUUCCCUCAAAACAAAUUAAGCAGAAGGGAUGGAAGGAGCUCAAAAUAGCUAUUGCAGGCAAAGGGGUACUUCUGAAAGCUGUAGCCCAAAAUUGAUACUUCCAUUCCAGCAAUAGUGAAAUUAUUUCAUGUUCCUGGUGAUUCUGCUUUGUGCAUCUAUGGUGGGAAGCUUGGAAGACAGGAAGAACACAGAGGAAAUGUAUCUCAGCCGAUUAGUCAGUCCAGUGACUGGAGAGGUUGAUAAAGGCAUGGCAGAGCUAUUAUGGAUCACUUGCAGGCUAGAUUUGAUUUGUUUGAAGGAAGCUAAUGAAGAUGUCAACUUCUGUUUUCCUAUGGCUGGAAAAAGUGAUUCACAGGCUAUGUCAAUAGUAAGAGAACAAAUCUGGAGUAUAAUUAUUAAAGUCCAACAUCCCAAAUUGAAGCAAAAUCUUGUAGAUUGUAUCAGAAAGAAUAGUAUUUUGUUCCAAGUUUCUGGAAAAGGCCACUCUAAUAUUCAACAUACCAAGCAUCAUGAUUCCUUUAUCUUUAAACCUGCUAUUCCAAAAAGGAAUUUGCUUCAACCCAAUGUACAUUCACCACCUCCUCAUUUGGCUACUCCUUCAAGUCCUCAAAUUUCUACUCAACAAGAUUCUCUGCGAAAGAAAGGAGGUGAUAGAUCACCGCGUCUAAUUUUAGAAGAAGAAUCUGAAUAUGAAGAAAUGGAGGAAAGUCACAAGAAAAUAAUUCUUAUCGCAGUAGUUUCGACUGCUACAUUGACAUUUGUCUUUGCAGGGGCGAUAUUUUUCAUUUGGUUCAAGUUUUUUAGAAAGAGGUCUGGAAACGCUGAUGAAAGUCCCGAAAUUAGUGCGAGCUUGAGAGAUUAUUGUAGUUCUGGUUCUUCUUAUAAAUCUUAUAGUAUAGGAAAUUCUAUUAAGGAAGCUGAGAAGCCGAGUGGCCCAACAAGGGAAAUAAAGAAAAGAUUUGAUAAGAAAGGUUCAACAUUGCAAAGCAUCACAACUAGUAUUGUCCAUUCACCAAUGCAAGAAAUUGUAUCCUAUGGAACUGCUGUUGAAACUGAUAAAGUCUCUGUUGAACCGAAUGAAAAAUCUAGCAAUGAUACUGGAGUACUGUUACCUCCUCCUCCUGGAAAGAUGAAUACAAUGCCUUCUUUGAAGCCUCCUCCUCCUCUACCGCCUCCUUCUGUUAACCCACAACCUCCUCCUCCUCCCACAAACGCUGGUCCCCCUCCUCCUAAAGCACCACCACCUCCUCCUCCUCCUGGAAAAGCUUCUGGUAAUGUGGCUCCUCGGCCACCUGGACCACCUCCUCCUGGACCACCUACUCCUGGACCCCCACCUCCUCCAGGACCACCUCCUAUGGCUAGUGGUUCCAAACCUGGUCCUGCUCCACCACCACCUCCACCUGGAAAAGGUGGUGCAGGCCCUCGACCACCGCCGCCAUUGCCUGGAGGGGGUCCAAAGGCUCCUCGUGCUCCUAUGGGACCAAAGCCUCCAUCUAAAUCUAGCCAAGCAGAGGGCGCUGAGAGUUAUGCCACUAAUCAAGCCAAAUUGAAGCCUUUUUUCUGGGAUAAAGUUAAUGCCAAUACUGAUAACGCAAUGGUUUGGAGUCAAAUUAAAGCAGGAUCGUUUCAGUUCAAUGAGGAGAUGAUAGAAUCGUUGUUCGGGUAUUCAGCUCCAGACAAAAGACUUGAUAAAAGGAAAGAUUCUUCGUCCAAAGAUACGAUCCAACAUAUCCAAAUCAUCGACGGCAAAAAGUCGCAAAAUUUAUCUAUUCUUCUGCGAGCACUGAAUGUUACUAUAGAAGAGGUCUCUGAUGCACUUCGUGAAGGAAAUGAACUUCCUAUAGAGCUCCUUCAAACUUUGUUGAAGAUGGCACCUACAGCAGAUGAAGAGUUGAAGCUUAGGCUAUUUACUGGUGAACUUUCUCAACUCGGCUCUGCCGAACGGUUCCUGAAAGUACUGGUUGACAUUCCAUUUGCUUAUAAACGACUUGAAGCACUGCUUUUCAUGUGCACUAUGCAGGAAGACGUCACCACAACUAAGGAGUCCUUUCAAACUUUAGAGGUGGCUUGUAAUGAACUAAAAAGCAGUCGAUUGUUCCUCAAGCUUCUAGAAGCUGUUCUAAAAACUGGGAAUCGCAUGAAUGAUGGAACAUUUCGUGGGGGUGCACAAGCAUUCAAACUCGACACACUUUUGAAAUUAUCUGAUGUGAAAGGAGUAGAUGGUAAAACGACACUGUUACACUUUGUCGUACAGGAAAUAAUCCGUUACGAAGGAGUGAGAGCUGUCCGUGUAGCGAGAGAGAGCCGAACAUUUUCCAACUUGAGUAUAUCAAGUGAAGAUCUCCUUGAGGAUAUUUCUCCUGAUACAGACGAUGAUUAUCGCAGCAUUGGUCUUCGAGUAGUUUCUAACCUAAGCAAUGAACUAGAACAUGUUAAAAAAGCAGCAGUUGUAGAUGCUGAUAGCUUAACAGGAACUGUUGCCAGACUUGGGUAUUCAUUAUUAAAAGCCCAAGAUUUAGUAACAAAGGACUUGAAGAGUUUAGAGGAAGAGAGUCAAUUCCAUGAAACAUUGAAAAAUUUUGUGAAAAAUGCAGAGGUGGAUAUAAUGUCAUUAUUAGCAGAAGAGAAGAAAAUUAUGGCUUUAGUGAAAACCACCUGUGAUUACUUCCAUGGAAGUGCAGCGAAAGAUGAAGGGUUACGGUUGUUUGUAAUAGUGCGAGACUUUUUGGUUAUUCUAGAUAAGGUAUGUAAACAGGUUGCAGAUGCUCAGAAAGCGUUAGAAAAAACAUUGAAAAAAGAGUCAUCUACUGCAUCAUCAGCUAACAACUCUUCCCGCCGCUCUUCGAUAAAAGUUCAAGAACCAAAAAAGAAUGACUCUAGUUCUAGUUCGGAUGAUGACAGUGACUAAGUUUCAUUGAUUUCUUAAUGGACUUCUCGUUUUAUUGCCUAACAUACAUGUGCAUUAUUAGUUAGAUACACUUGUACUACUGUUUUCCAAAUUGUUUACUGUAAAUUGGAGAAAUUAGCAAAUAGCUCUCAAAAUUCUUUGAA